UCGAUUUCUUUUCCACAAACUCGUGUUGGGAUUUUCCUCCGCAAGAAGCCAGGAUGGUGAGUUCCUUGUCAACCCGGGGCACCAGCUCGACGACGACGGCAGGAACUCGAACUGCAGCGACUGUCACUUUACUGCUGGAAGUUUCCGAGUCGGUUUAUGACGUGAAUUCCGCAACGGAAAACUCUGCGGAAAGGCGUCCGUGCUAUUCUGGUGGACAGAGUGUCGAGCAGAGCGGAGAGGCCGUUCAAGAGGAAGCAAGUACGUUCGCCGGCGGCUCUGGGGAAACGAGCGUACCACGGGGAAGGGGGAGCUCUUCCGGAAGUUCUUUCUUCACCCCUGCCAUUGUGAGUCAGUUUCGGGGUCUGCGAGUGGCGAGAGGUGUUUUGUCCGAGGUGGAGGAUCGAACUGGUCGCGGGGAAGGUCCUGACUCUGAACGGCCGCCGGCACCUGGCAACCUCCAGAUUUGCCCGCAAGCGCAGGAGGUUUCGAAAGAGAGAGUUGAGGAGGUGACAGCACAGAGGGAGGAAGAACACAGGGAACGGCCCGACCUCACCAGCGUCGACCAACUUCUGGGUGGUGCGGGAAAGGACGAAAAUCGCGUUCUGGACGAAGUCGGAGGCGAGCUGUACUACGAACGCGUGUGUCUGCGUGAAUUCGAGUUCGACGUGUCGAGUCGAACUUUCUUCUACCCCUGCCCUUGUGGGGAUCUUUUUGAAGUUUCUCUGGAAACCAUUCAAGGAAAGGUGCAGGAAAUAACGGGCCGACAGAGUGGAGACCUGCGAAGACCUACCCAGUUUGAAAAGAAGUGCGAGGCAGAGUCGACCGGGCGAACUCACGAGAAAGCGGAGUCGUCCGAGGAAACAGGUCGUCUCGGGGAUCGAGAACUGGAAGUUGAGGCUUCCUGUCCGUCCUGCUCCUUGAAAGUUCAGGCGUUUUUCACUUUCAACAUUCUCCAGGAACUGCUCGAAGAGGCUGGAGAGACGCUGGAAUGCAUGGAAAACCGUGUGUUGGGGUAGACUCGUGGGUAGUUGCCGACGGGAUCCUGCUAGCACCGUGAACGCUCACGUGCCACAAAUGUGAAAUCAGUGAAAGCUCUUUUAUUUCCCUGCGGUCUCAAACUAAGAACUGACUUCCGCCCGUUGACAUCA